AAGUUAAUUUUCUUACUCGAAAGCUCUGCUCAAAAUGACGCCACCUCCUCGCAACAUAUUCAUAUCUCACUACACUCUCUCCGAUGCGGGAACGCGGAACAACCGCGAGUCGCAAUCUUCUCACGCGACGCCAUCUUGCUUUGUUUCGUGCGAGCAGCAAAAGCUCAGCCGAGCCCGUCCAACUUUACGGUGUAGCAGCACGAAAAGUUGCUUCGGACGGACGGACAUAUUGGAUUUUGCGAUCGAGCGAGCGGCGGACAGUUUUCGAAUUCGAGCUCCUAGAAGGGCAGCAAAAUCGGUGUUUUAAUUCGCGUCCUGGACCUUUUUUGACGGUUGAGAUUCCAGGACUCCCGGUGCGGUCGGUAGCGAGUGCGGAAAUUGCGUCGGGCCGGGCGGAUUUAUCCGAAAAGAAGUGUUCCGAUUUCGGGUGGUGAUUUUUCGGUGUCGCGUCGUCGGUUCUUCAGUGUUUUCUUGUUUUUCUAGAAAGUUAUUUUCGGUUUUCGGAGCAGCUCCAGCUUGAGAAGAAUGAAAACAGUGAAAGUGUAGUGAUUACCCAAAACGAUUUCCUUUUUGCGGAGAACAGUGAAUGUGUGCUUAGAUUUUUAAUGUGACCCUAUCAAAUUGAAUACCGAAUUCAAACCGUAGAAAACAUCGAAAGUGACUAAACCCGCGUAAAACGAAUCGCAAACAUGACGCGCAUAACGGAAACCAAGUCCGUUAAAGUGGACAACUGGGGAGUGUUCUUCCUGCAGAAGUUGCAAAACUUCUUUAACAAGACCGAUCACUGCGAUCUGACGUUGCAGUUCAAUGACAACUCCCAGCUCAAGGUGCACCGAUUGGUGCUGAGUGCAUGCACGGAUUAUUUUAACAUGUUGGAGAACACGUGCGAGAUGUACGACGACGUGCUGAUCAUGCCGCUGGAUCUGCAGGCCGAUGUAAUCGUUCCGAUUGUGAACUUCAUGUACACCGGGACGUUGGAGUUCCAGUACAAUAUGUACGAGAAAUUGCUUAAGACGGCUCGGGAUAUGAAUAUGACCGUGCUUUUGAAGUUGUUGGAAGCUCAUAAGCAGACCACCCGGAUGGUACAAGGCGGGCGACAGCCGAUCGUGCUGAACAAGCAAGCUCCAACUGGGCGACCUCGCCCUGCUGUCCCGAGUGGGGUUACUUAUCAGAUGCCGGCUUCCGUGACGAGAAGCUACGGGUCGAUGAAACAACCUCCGCAAACGCGAGUUAUCCAACGACAAGUACCGGGAACUAAAGUAAAUCCGGCGUUGACCGCUAUAGCCGCCGGGUAUACGGCGAACAAGUCCAUGAGCGUCCCGGAGCCACGGACUUUGGUACAAAAGUACGGAGCUGGGAAGGAUAGUCAAGCAGGUCCUUCUAGAUUUGACGAAACGGGAACAGAAACGCUGGAAGGAGCGUUCGAUGACAUUUCAUACGAAAGUAAACCACUGGUGACUGCUGAUCAGAUCAAAAAAGAAGAGGAAACGUCUCCUUUUGAAAAACUUCGCAAAGGUUACACAAACAUCAGUGUAACAAAACGCCCAGCGCCAGCUAGUUUUUCCGCUCCUGCAGCGAAGAAGCCCAAUUUAGAAGAGGUAAAAGAAUUUACGGAAGCUGCACGGUUGAGAAGCCAAAUAGCGGCGGAAGAUGAUGAUUCUCCGGGAUUCGCUGAUGAUACACACUUUGAUGAUGAAGAAGAAGAAGCGGAACAACAACCGCAGCGUACCCCACAGCAGCUUCCGAUGAAGUCCAGUCCUCAGACUCCGAAGCAAAUCGUCAUCAAACAAGAGCAGAAAAUCUCUCCGGGCACUUCCGCAACUGUUAAACAGAUCACCGUCAAAGAUGAAUCCGGAAAUGUAGAUCAUGCAAAAAUCAUCAGCGAGGUAUUGAAAAAGUACCCUCAUUUGGUGAAGAAGAACAAGAAUAUUAAAUUGAAGAUUAUGCAAAAAACGUCUCCUUCGCAGCAAACUUCCAGCGGUCAGCAGGGCCAUCCGGUGAAGAUGGAAGUCCGCACGGCAACACCUCUCAAGGCGGAUAUCUCCAUGGUGCGCAAGGCAACGGAAGUGGUUCGAGCUCCAGCUCCGGUGGCCACUUCCACUCCAGGUCCGAAAAAGAUCGAUGCCAAAACCAUGCACGCCCUGAUCGCCAAGGGAGCAGAGAACAUGACCGGCCCCUGGCUGUGUCUCCGUUGCGGCAUCGACGGUCGUCCCAUCAGCAUUCCCAGCUACAAAGCCUUCCGCAAUCACUUGAUCGUCAAGCACAAGGAGCGAAUCGAUCCGCGCAUCUGCGAACACUGCGGCUGGAAGGCCGAGCAACGCAACCCGAAUCUGUUCUACCAUUGGCUGACAGAGCACAACAUCAAAUCCACCAUGAAAUUCCCCACCUGUUCUGAAUGUGGCCACAUAGCUAUGAACGCGGCCGCUCUGAAUAAACACGAAGAGGAGAACCACCAACGGGGUGAUCUCCAGCAGUGCAUUUAUUGCAACAAGGUAUUCGCCAAGGAAAUGGACCUCUACGAACACAUGAAGAACUUGCACAAGCAGAGGGCCCGCGAAGAUGGCGUUAUCGAUUUCUCCGACGAAGAAUACCAUGUUCAGGAUGAUGAAGAGGCCUCCGGCACCACCAACACAAGCCAAGAAAAACAGAUCAAGGUUCUGUCGAACAUCAGUAUCACGAACAAUGCCGGAAUUCCGUUCGUCAUCGACCACAGCCAGGCGCAAACCGUGUCGCAAAUCGGCGGCAAAUCGCAGAUCCAGCUGCAACAGAUCACCCUCGAACCGUCUUCGGAGGCGGAAGCACUGAGCAACGUCGCGUCCGGCAUUGCAACCAGCCUCGGAUUGGUGGACAGUGCCAACGUGGUCACCCUGGAGGAUCACCACUUCCAGGGUCAGUACAUUGAGCACCAGAUGGCCACGGUGCAUGGCGAAACGGGAACAACGACUACGACGGCCACGGUCACGGCCAGCGGACCGGAUCAGCUGACCAAGUUGAUCACCGAGGACGGCACCGAACUACAGCUGACGCAGAGCCAGAAGGAGGAAAUUUUCUCGCAACUGCAGAACAGCGGAAACGGAGGCAACGUAGUAAUGGUAUUGAACGACGAUAACUUCAUUAGUGGAGCCGGCAUUCAACUGGAAGAUGGCACUCAUCUGAUUUCGACCGCUCCAUCGGGCACACAGGACCAAAACAUCGUGGUUAUGUACACCCAAGCGGAACACGACCAAGGCACCCAUAGUACAAUCACAACAACCGCACCAGUGACGACGACAGAAACCGUAUCCAGUGAACAAAUGGAACAUCACGACGAAGUGGAAGCAGCAGCAGCAGCAGCAGAUGAAUCAAAGGCCACCGAAGAGCAUGAAGACGAAACUUCCCAAGCGUCGACGCAACCCUCGGAGAAAGCCUCGGAAAAGGAUACCGAACACAUGGACGUUGACGCCGAGAGCAGUCAACACGAAGCUGAUUUGAGUGAAGCGGCCGAUGCCGACGAUUCGAAGCAUACCGAGGACGAAGAGGAACAGAAGGCGGCUAAAGAGCGCGAGAAGCAAAAGUUGAUAUCCGAGCUGGAAGGCGAUUGGUCAGAAGAUACGGAGGAACAGCCCGUUGCAGCGGAACAGAAAGAAGAAGCAAAAAAAUCACCGCCGCCAGCCACCGAGAAACCUCCAAAAAGCACAGAAAAGGAAGCAGCUAGUAAAGAAAAGCCAGUCGAGGCAGUAGCUUCGGAAGCAGUUGCAGAAAAGUCAAGCGAGAAGGAAAUCAGCCAACUGUUGGAUGAUUGGAACAGUGAAACCAAGCUGACCGAAGCGGACGCUGACGUCGACUUGGAGAAGAAACUGGAGAAAGUCGUGGGAGGCGAAAAGAAGGUGGAAAAGACCAAGGAGAAGGAAGAAGAGGAGACUCCCAUGGAAACUUCAGAGGUCGCGGAUAACAGUGCUGCGGCUGACAGUACCGUGGAGAACAGUAUGAAUGAAAGCGAAACGCAGGUGGUGCUGUUAGCGGCGUCAGAAAGCGAAGCAGAAACCUCUACCAAGGUAGAGGAUGCGGAAAAGAGUCAGGAAAAGAGUCAAGAGGAAACCAAGCCUGCGGAGGAUACCGAAGAAAAAGCGACGACGGAGAGUAAAAAAGAUGCCACCGAGGAGAAAGAUCAAGACGAAUCACAGGAGGAUGAAGGGGACAAAACCAAAUCAAAAGAAGUUGUCAGUUCUUUGCUUGGAGAUUGGGAUGAAGAUGAUGAUCUGUAGAGAGUUGUUAUAGUAGCAUAACACAAUAGGGUAACAAUAUCAAGUGACUUUAGAAAAGAUACGAUGUGCUAAUAUUAACGAUAGCAUAAAAAGUUUAAAAUGGAACGGUAAUAGCAUUACACUGUUACUAAUUUUAUAGAACAAGUUUUAUGUCAUGGAUAUAAGGUUAAACAAUACUUUUUCAUAUACCCAGUAGAAUAUUUUUUCACUAAUCGCGGUUCUCUCCUUAGGGCGCAUUUUAACAAUUUCGAUAGUUGAAACAAUAGACAGUGCUUUUGCGAGAUUGUAUUCUUUGAACUACCGAAACGAUUUAGUACACUAAAACACGUUGAACGCCUAGGUGGUUGCCUACUUGGUAGGCGAAAUGCCCAUCUGAACAACAUCGCAUAACAAAGUGUCCCCUACCGACAGAACGCAGAACAUCUUAUUAUUUGGUUUGUGCCCUUGCUGUGUAUGCCGAAUGCAUGGCCGGUUACUUGGCAUACUAAAAAUCGUAUUUGCCUCAAAGAAACAUUUUACAGCAGCCGACUCACUCAGUCAGAUGAAAUCAGUGAUGCCACAUACACAGAUUUACCUCGAAUUACACAGAUUUUUUCCCAUUUUCGCCUACAGAUAUAUGUGAUCACAGAUCAAAGAUUUUUGUAAUGAAAAAGAUUUUUAAGAUUUUUAAAACAAUGACAAUGACUUUCGUGAAAAAAAAAGCUUUAUUAUAAUUUUCAGGUACUCAAACUUAAAUAAUAGAUAUUAAAUCUUCUAGUUGGAUGGCCUAGGCCAAGCCUCAGGCGCAUUGUUUUCGACGUUCUUGUGGUUUCUGAUGAUCUUCAGAUGCAACCUGGGAGUGUUUUGGUCGACGUUAUUCUAAGAACAUUUUUUCCGUCUUUUUUUAAACAAAUUGUUCAAAAAUAUUCGAUUUUGGAGACCUUAACCUAUCACAGAUUUUUACUAAGAUUUUCUGAAAUUUCUCACAGAUGAAAAAGAUUUUUUUGACCAAAAUCACAGAUGAAAACCGAAAAAAAUGUGGCAACACUGGAUGAAAUGUUUCUUCGAUAGCAAAAGGAUUUUCUCAUACAAUUUAUAAUUUGAAAUCACAAUGAUGCUCCUUAUAAGUUUCUCUUUAGUGUAAGUGAUCCUGAAAGUACUAAAGCUUUUCAUUUUAUGUGUCAUUAGAGUGUAAGAAUAAAAAAGAAAACAGAUUAAUAUGGACCAUACUGUGAAUUGGUUGAAUGCGCUUUAGUUGACUAAGAGAUGUUUCUCAUAAAUUGUAAAAUGUAGGAAUAUUCUGAUGAAGUAAUAAAAAACUAUUAACUAUAA